AUGUCGCGGUCACAGUCGGGAACAGGGAAGACGGCAACGUUCUCCAUCUCUGUUCUGCAGUGUCUGGAUAUACAGGUUCGUGAAACCCAGGCGUUGAUCUUGGCACCAACUCGGGAGCUGGCUGUACAGAUUCAGAAGGGUCUUCUUGCUCUGGGAGACUACAUGAAUGUCCAGUGUCAUGCCUGCAUUGGAGGGACCAACGUGGGCGAAGAUAUCCGAAAACUGGAUUACGGGCAGCAUGUUGUUGCGGGCACUCCGGGCCGUGUAUUUGAUAUGAUUCGUCGUCGAAGUUUAAGGACUCGUGCCAUCAAAAUGCUGGUUUUGGAUGAAGCAGAUGAAAUGCUCAAUAAAGGUUUUAAGGAGCAGAUUUAUGAUGUGUAUAGAUACUUGCCUCCAGCUACACAGGUGGUUCUGAUCAGUGCCACUUUGCCUCAUGAAAUUCUGGAGAUGACCAACAAAUUCAUGACAGACCCCAUUCGUAUCUUGGUGAAACGUGACGAGUUGACCCUCGAAGGAAUCAAGCAGUUUUUCGUGGCUGUGGAGAGGGAGGAAUGGAAGUUUGACACCUUGUGCGAUCUCUACGACACACUCACAAUCACCCAGGCCGUCAUCUUCUGCAACACGAAGAGAAAGGUAGACUGGCUCACAGAGAAGAUGAGAGAGGCAAACUUCACAGUUUCAUCCAUGCAUGGGGACAUGCCACAGAAGGAGCGAGAGUCCAUUAUGAAAGAGUUCAGAUCUGGCACAAGCCGAGUCCUUAUUUCAACAGAUGUUUGGGCCAGAGGCCUGGAUGUGCCUCAGGUGUCCCUGAUCAUUAACUAUGACUUACCCAACAACAGAGAGCUCUACAUACACAGAAUUGGCCGGUCAGGAAGAUAUGGCCGAAAAGGUGUAGCCAUCAACUUUGUGAAGAACGACGACAUCCGCAUCCUGCGAGACAUCGAGCAGUACUACUCCACCCAGAUAGAUGAGAUGCCCAUGAACGUUGCUGACCUGAUCUGAAGGCCCGUGUUUACCAGGGAGCUGUACUGUUUCGUAGCCUCCAUAAUUCUGUUUUGGACCCACAUCUUUUUAUCCUAUUGCUCAUCAUGUGUUCUUGAGUUGAGCUGUACUUGGGAACUUGUGUAAAUAAUGUCUUUACUCCCACCCGUGUUUUUUCAAUUAAAAAAAGGAAGUUUUACCAUAA